AUGAAGUUCCAACAUCUCGCUUUCCUGGGCACCAUUCUGAGCGUCGCUGCUUCUCAUCCCCACUUGCACUUCAAUGGGCAUGAUACCUGCCCUGCAGGAUAUGCUAUGAGUGUAUAUUAUAUCACCGUGACGAACACGAUUUCCAGCACAGUCUUGGAACAAAUCACCACCAGCUCAAGCUCGAGCUCAAGUUCUUUCUCGUCUGUCGUGCAAUUGACUUCUGAGUCUACUACUUCAUCAUCUUCGAUUCCAGUCACUGUUAGUCCUGCUCCCCUGGAGAAUCCCCAAGCAGCUGCUACUUCUUCUUCUUCUAUUUCCACUUCGACUAGGCCUUCUAUUGAGACUACUGUCCCGGAGACUACUACUAAGGCAGUCGUUUCAUCUACCACCUCGGCCCCAGCUAUUACUGAGUCUCCUAUCGUUAUACAUGAUCUCGCCCACGCUACCUCUUCAGAAGAAACAAUUGCUGUCUCAACUUCUACCACUGAAACGACCAGCUCUGCUAGCACUACUAGCUCUCCUGUUGCCAUCUCUUCUUCCUCUACCUCGACUUCCUCUUCUGAAAAGACUUCUGGUGAAGCCACAUACUACGGCGGAAACCUGGACUCGGGGGACUGCUCUUUUACAGGAUAUACCUUACCUAGCGGUACCUUUGGCACAGCCCUAUCUUCGGCGCAAUGGGAUAUCUCUGCGAACUGCGGAGUAUGUGUGUCUAUCAAAGGACCGGACGGCAACACACUCAAGGCGAUGAUCGUAGAUAAAUGUCCCUCAUGUGCCGCAAACCAAUUCGAUCUCUUCCAAGACGCCUUCGCCGAUCUCUCAGCACUAGAAACUGGCAUCAUCGAUAUCGAAUGGGCCUAUACUUCCUGUGACAUAGACACCCCCUUGAAGCUGAAGAAUAAGAGCGGCACUUCUCAGUGGUGGUUCUCCAUGCAAGUUGUUAAUGCCAAUGAAGCCGUUACCGCGCUGGAGGUGAGCAUUGAUAGCGGUAGUACUUGGCAGAGCACCACUCGCACAGACUACAACUUUUUCGAGCAUUCGAGUGGUUUCGGUACUGAGACUGUUGAUGUGCGCGUUACUGGCAAGUCUGGUAAAGUCGUGGUUGUCAAGGAUGUCUUGGUUUCUUCUGAAGCUGAGACUACAGCUAGCUCAAAUCUUUGA